AAAUUUGUUGGUUCGUAUUAUUUCGUUAAAACAGAAUAAAUUAUUUUUCUUAUGCAAUUGCAUCAUCAUAAUUAUAAUUUGUAACAUCAAUAUUUUUGUCCAGUCGUUACCUUUUUCUAGUUGAACAAGAGGUAAAUUCGAUCUUAUUCUUAAUACAAUGACAAGCGAUUCGAACGGUAAAAUGGACGAUUCCACCAUGAUACCCCUUGAUCCAAUGAUUAGUCCCCAAGGAACGACCGAUUAUAAAGAUUUUAUCUCGAAUAGGGAAGACGGGUCAACACCUUUAAAUCAAGGAGGCGGCGACGCGAAAGGUGGUGAAGGUCAGGGCAUGAGAUUGAAGAAGGAAAUGAACCUCUCCAACGGAGUGGGCCUCAUAGUGGGCGUCAUAAUAGGCUCAGGUAUAUUUGUUUCACCCUCGGGCGUGGUUAAAGAGACGGGCUCGGCCGGCCUGGCCCUGGUGGUAUGGACUUUGAGCGGUUUGUUUAGCAUGGCGGGAGCCGUAUGCUACGCCGAGCUUGGCACAUCCAUUCUCAAAUCUGGGGGUGAUUACGCCUACGCUCGUGAAGCCUUUGGUCCCCUCCCAGCCUUCCUCUACCUUUGGGUAGCCAUCGUUGUUAUCAUGCCCACGGGUAACGCUAUAACGGCGCUUACCUUCGCCAACAAUAUUCUUCAACCCGUGUUCGCUAGGAAUUUGCCCAUCAAGACUCUUCCCCCGGUUCGGGAUUACACCUACAAUUAUACAUCCAUGACCGAUGAUGUCAUAAGAAGAUCCCUUAUGGUCGGUCCGAACGGGGUGCCAUUGGGUGGAGGCGAUAUAGAUCCAGCUUCGUUGGUACCGGAUAACGCGGUUCGACUAGUGGCUAUAGCCUGUACACUAUUCUUGACCUUCUUAAAUUGUUACAGCGUUAAAUGGGCCACCAGGGUACAAGACUCUACCACAAUAGCUAAGCUCUUGGCAUUGGUCGUUAUCAUCAUAACCGGAUUCGUAUUUUUGGGAAAAGGUUACGUUAGCAACCUUUUGCCCUCCAAUUCCUUUAGGGGAACGAACAAAAAACCCGGAAAUAUUGCCUUAUCCUUUUAUUCGGGUCUAUUCUCAUACGCCGGAUGGAACUAUCUGAAUUUCGUAACGGAGGAACUCAAAAAUCCAUACAAAAACCUGCCUCGCUCCAUAUACAUAUCAUUGCCAUUGGUCACCAUAGUUUACGUGCUGGCGAAUGUUGCUUAUUUCUCCGUCAUGACCCCCUUCGAAAUAGAAACUUCUAAAGCCGUGGCUGUUACCUUCGGGGAAAAAACGUUGGGCAAAGGUGCUUGGAUAAUGCCCAUAUUUGUAGCCGCGUCCACGUUUGGCGGACUUAAUGGGGGAAUAUUCGCUUCUUCCAGAUUAUUUUUCGUGGGCGCGAGGGAGGGACACUUGCCCGGUUUUUUAGCCAUGAUUAGUAUGAACAAAUUCAGUCCUACACCUUCACUCAUAUUAACGGGUAUCCUAUCGUCGGUCAUGUGCCUUUCGACGAACAUCUUAGCCUUGAUCAAUUAUGCUGGCUUUGUCGAAUCAUCUUUCAUCGCGAUCUCCAUCUCUGCUUUACUGUAUUUGAGAUGGAAACGACCCGAUAUGUACAGACCUAUCACGGUACCACUCAUCUUACCAAUAUUUUUCUUAGCUAUAUGCAUUUUCCUCCUUUUACUACCACUCUACACUUCUCCUGGAGAUUGCGGUAUAGGCUUAGGCAUAACCAUGCUAGGAAUUCCUAUUUACUACCUGGCCGUUGUUUGGAAGAGCAAACCUAGAUGUGUAUCAGUUAUUAUAAGGCAAAUAACUUACUUCGUGCAAAAGAUCUUCAUGUGCCUGCCACAAAAAGAUGAUUAAUCACUUUUCUUCUUCCCAAAAAAAACUUAUUGUAUAAAUUGUAUUUUUUUAAAAAAAAAUUGUAGAAUAAACUUUCACAUUUUAAGAAUACUUUAAAAUUCCCGGUUUGUUACAAAAUUAUUUUUUAUGGUAAAAAUCCACAGCUGAUAUACCUUUCGUAAACGAUAACGAUUUAAUGUAACUGUCAAAAAACUUUGGAUGAUUGUCAUUUAAUUCGCUAUUGCCUAUUAUAAGUAACAGCUGUGGAUACAGCCUCAUUUUCUUAUUCUGUCUAAUAAACCCAUAAAAUUAUUUUUUUUAAAUAUAUGACUUAAUUUUUAGUUUAUAAUAUUUUAAAAAAAAUAAUGGAAUUUAGUCUGAUAUUAAAAUGAAAUUAUAUGUCAUAUUAUUUUUACUAAAUAUAUAUUGAUAUUUUACAACAUUUG